AUGUCCGCCUUUGCAGAUGGGACGGCAGGCCAACGCGCUCGUGGUGGCGGAAAGCGCAACGGCGGCAGGGCUGCCGCGGCCAAGGGCAGUCCCUCGGGCAGGCAGUCGCAGGAUGCGGAUGGGGGCGACGAGGGGGAUCAUGCCGAGCUGGUCACUACCCGUGGUGACGGAAAGCGCAACGGCGGCAGGGCUGCCGCGGCUAAGGCCGAUCCCUCGGGCAGGCCGGCGCAGGAUGCGGAUGGAGGCGACGAGGGGGAUCAUGCCGAGCCGGAAGCUCAUGGUGGCGGAAAGCGCAACGGCGGCAGAGCUGCCGCGGCCAAGGGCGGUCCCUCGGGCUUGCAGGAUGCGGAUGGGGGCGACGAGGGGGAUCAUGCCGAGCCGGUCACUACCCGUGGUGGCGGAAAGCGCAACGGUGGCAGGGCUGCCGCGGCUAAGGCCGAUCCCUCGGGCAGGCCGGCGCAGGAUGCGGAUGGAGGCGACGAGGGGGAUCAUGCCAAGCCGGAAGCUCGUGGUGGCGGAAAGCGCACCGGCGGCAGGGCUGCCGCAACCAAGGGCGGUCCCUCGGGCUCGCAGGAUGCGGAUGGUGGCGACGAGAAGGAUCAUCCCGAGCCGGAAGCUCGUGGUGGCGGCAUGCGCAACGGCGGCAGGGCUGCCGCGGCUAAGGGCGGUCCCUCGGGCAGGCAGUCGCAGGAUGCGGAUGGUGGCGACGAGAAGGAUCAUGCCGAGCCGGAAGCUCGUGGUGGCGGCAUGCGCAACGGCGGCAGGGCUGCCGCGGCUAAGGCCGAUCCCUCGGGCAGGCCGUCGGCUGCCGUGGCCAAGGGCAGUCCCUCGGGCUCGCAGGAUGCGGAUGGUGGCGACGAGAAGGAUCAUGCCGAGCCGGAAGCUCGUGGUGGCGGCAUGCGCAACGGCGGCAGGGCUGCCGCGGCUAAGGGCGGUCCCUCGGGCAGGCAGUCGCAGGAUGCGGAUGGUGGCGACGAGAAGGAUCAUGCCGUGCCUUCAUGCCGUGACGUUAACGAUCAUGAUGAGGACGAGCCAGCAGCAGUGACUGAUGGGAAAGGUGGACGUGAAGCUGUGAUUCCGUACCAACGGCGCAAGGCUGUGGAUCCGGGCAGUUGCGACCAUAAGGCGAGACAAGCUCGGCACGGCCCCAAUGUGCACGUUUCGAGCUCGUCUGGUUCCGAGGAAGAUUCGAGCGACAGUGAGUCGGGCAGCUCAUCCGGGAGUGAGGAGGUAUACGAGGACGAGGAUGAGGAGGAGGAGGACGAGGAUGAUGAGGAGUUGGAGCCGGAGAGCAAGGAUGGGGAGGAGGCUCGGCCUUUGAAGAGGAGGAGUGUGCGGAAGCUCAAGAAGGGCAACGCUAAGCAAAAAUCGGAGAGGGGACGGGUGAAGAGCUGUAAACAGAGUGUGCGUCGUGCCAAACCACAUGGCAAGCGCCAGAGACCUCGAUUCGAAGCUAAAAUUGUGGGUGUGCGUAGCAAGGCGAAGCGGGAGUUGAAUUUUUACGAGUCCAUGGGGAUACGAUGUACAUCAAGCUCUCAUGAUCGGCAAGCCGCGGACCCGUACGCUGCGUUACGCGAUCCGAUGGGUUCGGCUGGGAAGGGAGAUCCGAUGGCUUGGGGGUCAGCGCGGUUUGGCAGGGAAGCGACGGACCCGCCCCCCAACCAUAUGGGGGGUCGCGCGGUUCAUGUGAAAAACGAGGGGGCAACGAAGCGGCACGAACCCUCGGCAGCUGCAGCAGCGAAUGACGGUGUGGGAGGAGGUGUGUGGGCGAAUGCCUUGGGUGAAUGUGGCGGCGGUGUGGAAGGCUCCAUGUGGGAUGUACGGGAGAGCAGGGGAGAAGGGGGGGACGAGAAAAUGGAUCCGGCGACUAAGGAGGGGAGGGGAGAGAGCAUGGGCACACCUGGCGCAUCCAGUCGGCUGGAUGUGGCUGGCGGCAGGACUGUGGAGCAGCUCAUGCGAGAGCUUGCCCAGCGGGAUCGCGAAAUCGCUGCACUCAAGGCAAGGCCAGGAUCAGAAGGACCUGUCAAGCCCUGCACCCCUCCAUCUAGGCCUCCUCCUCUAGCGUCUCUGUCGAGCGGCCCAUCUGUAGGGGGCCUCGAUCCAGGCGUGGCGCCAGAAAGCCCAGCGACGGUAGACGUACCAGUCCGUCGAACGCGUGGGAUGCCCACACCCAAGCUGCUGAAGUUAUCCAUCCUCCAUUGGCCCCUCUCUCCCAUCCCUUCCCACCCUAAACCAGAGCCCCUGUUCAUGGUGCUGGUGCUGGUGUGGGUGGCACGCGGCGCAAGGAUAGCUCAUUGUAGCAGUUAUCCUUCCUAUCCCUCCCCCCUCUCUCCCAUCCCUCGCCUAGCUCUUCCAGAGCCCCUGUUCCUGGUGCUGGUGGUGGUGUGGGUGUCAUGCGGCGGAGGGAUAGCUAAGAAUAGCACCCCUGUUCCUGGUGCUGGGGGUGGUGGGUGUCAUGCGGCGGAGGGAAUAGAGGAAGCCAUAUCCGUCAACCCCACGCGGCCCCCUUUCUGUCCGCCGCUCCUCCCUCCCCUCUCUAUCCCGUCCCUCUCCCUCCUCGUCCAGAGCCACUGUAAAAGAGCUCCUGUUCAUGGUGCUGGUGGUGGGGUGGGUGUCAUGCGGCGGAAGCCCAUGUUCAUGGUGCUGUUGUUGCUCUCCCCUUCCCUCCCGCCAUCCCGUUCUCUCCCUCCCUCCAUUUCUCUUCAGCCCGCCCCUUCUCUCCCGCCCUCCAUGUCUCUCCUGCCCUCCCCCUCUCCCCUGCCCUCCCCUUCUCUCCUGCCCUCCCCUUCUCUCCCGCCCUUCCCUGCUCUACUGCCCUCCAGCCAACCCUCCAUUCAUUCUAUACCGCCCUCCACUUCGUCCAUACCCUUUGGACAACCCCUAACCAUGUCGUGCAUGAUCUUCGUCCCCGCCUUGUCCUGCGUGCGCGCAGGAGGGAAUCAGCGGGGCUUGGCAAAGGUUAAGAAGACCGACUGGAACGUCUCGAACUCCCACCGGAAGAACACCGAGUGGAUGACGGGUUUGCACCGAAAUGUGCGGUGGAUUAUCAAGGACCACUUCACACGCCACACCCCCGUGUACAACACAGUCGUGCAGGGCUUCAAGUGGGGCGACCGUGGCCUGUAUGUUCACGAGUCAGGAUUUGAGGCGUUCAAGGGGACGGCCGCGCCUGACGAGGAGAAGAAGGACUUGAAGGAGGAAGAGCAGGAGGUGUACGACGCGGAGGACUUGAAGACGGAUGACGAGGAGGAUGACGAGGAUCAGGAGGAGGAGGAGGAGGAGGAGGAGGAGGAGGAGGAGGAGGAGGAGGAGGAGGAGGAGGAGGAGGAGGAGGAGGAGGAGGAGGAGGAGGAGGAGGAUGAGGAGGAGGAUGAACAAGGCAUUGGUGGAGACAGCAAGGGGGGCAGCACGCCAGGCAAGAAAGUAGAGCCAGCAUGGGGGGUAGCACGGGCGGCAAAGGCGUUUAGUCAGCAAGGGGGGCAGCAGUAG